AUGACACUGAUUCUGAUGAUACUCAAAUGUCACCCGUUUCAAAUCCUGCAAGACCUGGGCAUGUCUCCACUAAGUCAAUUCAACAGGAUAGUUCAUGGAUAGAGCAGAAAACUGAGAAUAAGAUUGACACUAAACUAAAGUCAGAGUACAGAAAUGAGGAAGAAGAAGUGUGAAGAAAGAGCGAUUAAAGCGUGACUCUCUUCCUCCUCCAGAGAUGGUUAGACCUGUUUCAGAUUCUGGCAAAGGUAGCAGCAGUAGCAGUACAAGUACCAGCAAUACUAUGAGCACCAAUAGUAGUGCAAAUAGUAGCAGCUCUGCAGAGGAAGUUGUUCAGUCUGAGCUUCUCCCAAUCACAGAAGUGAUUAAAGAGGAAAAUGAAUCUCAUGAUUCAGAAGCCAGUGCUCCUGUAGAUGUAUUUCGGUUUACUGAUGAAGAUGCAGGUGAAAGAGAUACCAGAAAGGACAAGAAGAAGAAGAAGAAGCAUAGGGAGAAGGAAGGCAGCCGUGGAAGGCGUCACCAUCGACACACUAGUGAGGAACAGUAUGCUGGAGAUCAGCAAAGUGAUCGUCAUAACAUUGAACAUUCACCAUGUUGUUGA